GAUGGGUCAAAUACUAGGCGGUCAUCACGAGGAGCGUCUCAUUCGUGAUAUUUUCGAAAAGAGAAGGUAUAGUGGCUUAGCAAGACCUGUAGAAAAUGAAAGCGAUCCCUUGGAGGUUGAGUUUGGCUUGUCAUUGCAGCAAAUUGUCGAUGUCGAUGAAAAGAAUGAGAUGCUACAUACAAAUAUGUGGUUAAAAUACGACUGGAAAGACUACAAUCUGUCCUGGAACAAAUCAGACUAUGGAGGCGUCGAGAGUAUACGGCUGCCGUCUAAUAAGAUAUGGACUCCUGAUAUACUCUUAUAUAAUACAGCUGACGAAGAUAUAGAUAGUAAAUAUCCGGUCAACGUAGUCGUUUAUAGUUCUGGGGCAUGUAAUUGGAUUCCAUUGGGAAUAUACAUCAGUUCUUGUGCCAUAGACAUUAAAUGGUUUCCGUUCGAUGAUCAAUACUGCAAAAUGAAAUUCGGAAGUUGGACAUACGAUGGAUCCAAAAUCAAUCUUACAUCCAAAAGCGAUACAAUAGAUAUUGAAACCUAUCAAAAGAGUGGAGAGUGGAUAUUAUUGGGUGUUCCUGCCAAAAGGAACAUUAUUAAAUACGAGUGCUGUCCAGAAGAAUACAUUGACAUUACAUUCACAAUUCAUAUACGACGAAGAACGCUCUACUAUGGAUUUAAUCUUAUCAUUCCCUGCGCCCUCAUUUCCUCCCUAACUCUACUGACGUUCCUUCUUCCGCCCGAUGCGGGUGAAAAAAUUUCGCUAGAAUUACUGGCUAGUCCAUUUCCAGUAAUGCGAUGCCUCGGUUACUUUUUUCUUAUUGUAGAACGUAUGAAGUAG